AUGAGAAGCAGGGACAGCCAUGACGGACAGGGUGUGGGCGGGCUGGCGGAGCAGGGGGGGGGCAGAGGGGUGAGACGGGCGGGGGGUGAGACAGGAGCGCUGCCUGUCUUCCUGUUUCCCUCCGAACUGAUGUUUGACUCCGAAGAGCGAAAGUCACACCGGAGAGUUUUAACCCUUUAUAACCCGUUCAGCUUCAGCCUGAGCUUCAAGAUGUGGUGUACAGCUCCGUCUCUGUACAGGGUCGUGGAGGCCGAGGGAAGCGUCAGAGCAAAGUCCUGCGUCGACCUCGUGGUGCGUCACCUGGACGUCUCCCCCCGAAACUGGGGCCGCAGAGAUCGGUUCCGCCUGGAGGUGAGAGGAGGAGGCCAGGUGGGAGGGAGGGAGAUCUGGGCUGAGCUGAGAGGAGCAGCAGGAGGAGGAGGAGGUGGAGGAGGAGCAGGAGGAGGAGCAGCAGCAGCAGGAGGAGGAGGAGGUGUGGAGGAGCGAAGGGGCCAGCAGAGGGCGCUGCCUCCUCUGUCUCCUCUGCUGGUGCCCACACACACACACACACACACACACCUGCAGCUGCCCACCUGUACAGCUGUGCGCAGUGUGUCUCAGUGGAUGGUGUGUGUGUCCGUGGCGGUGCUGUGUGUCGCUGUGUUGAUGCUCCCCCUCCACACAGACAGCAGCUCAGUGGUUCCACGCUGCCUGCACGUCUCCACCAAUCAGAAGAUGGUCUGCGCCUACACACUGGGUCUUCUCACCAUGGUGUUUCUACGGUAACCGGUGACAUCACGCCGUCUCUGCUGUGUUUGAGUGACGGCUGCUCUCCAUCGCCAUGACGACCCGUAAACCACCCAACCUCUAACCUCUGACCUCUGACCUCUGAGGGACAGACCGGUGAAUGUAGAAGUCUUAAUUAACACACUCGUGGGACACUUUUUGUUGUUUUUUUGUUGUGCUUUUAUUUUGGCGGGACUGAACCUUUUCCUCGUCUUCGGACCUCGGACGUGACGAUAAAGCAGCUGAUGACAUCAUAAAUCAGUCGGGAUCAGAAGAGAGAGACCAGAUUAAAUGUUCAGUCAUCAGAAAUAUGAACCACUGAUACAUUCCUCACACACAUACACACACACACACACACACACAGACACACACACACACACACACACACACACACACAGACAGACACACACAGACACACACACACUCACACACACACACAGACAGACACACAGAGACAUACACACAGACACACACACACACACAGAGACAUACACACACACACACAGACAUACACACACACACACACAGAGACACACAGACACAGAGACACACACACACACACAGAGACAUACACACACACACACACACACA